CAGAGUCUUAUAAAUAAAAUGUUAUUCAAAGGUUUUCAUUUGAUGACGCUAAAUUAAAAAAGAAAUAUGACAGUGACGUAAUAAUUCAAUAACGAAAAGUAACAUCAGUAACAUGAUCGCUCCGAGAAAAAGUGAGCCAAGUCGAGCUAUCUCGCAGUGAUUACCGUGAACAUAGAUUUUGUAAGUACUCCGUAAAGCGAGCCAUUUUGUGCAUCGUAGAAGAGGAGAGAGCCCCCAGCUGUGUGCAAUAUUACACGUCCUUUAGUGAAAAACUCAGAAAUGUCAAAUCCCGUGAAACAGUGAAUCGACAUUUAUAAUACCAGAGCAUAUAAAUAGGAAGUGCGAUAAAUUAAUAAUAAAUAUAUCAAAUAAUGGUUCGUCUUCGAAUGUGUACGUGAGGAUAAGCUCUCGCCACGUUAAACAUAAACAUUACGAAUGACUGUUUGGACAAACGACAAACUUUCAAGUCGCGAAGUAUCUGUGGGGACAAAGGAAACGUAUCGGUUCUCGGUUACCUUUAUUAACCUUGGCCUCGUCGUCGUCACCGAGUUUCAGAAACUCCGUUCAAGCGGAGUUGAAGGAUUGUCGGAAUGAGCACGGAGCAAAUGCAGACAGAGUCCCAUAGGAACAUGGGUGAUGUCGAGCUCUCGCCCGUUCUUCCGGUGUUUCCAAAUUCGAGCAAGCCCUGCGUCAACGUAUGGAUGGACAAGAUGAGCAAGGGCAUACUGAGUUCUACUCAUUUCAAGGAACACUGGAGAAUAUGGGUACCAAAAAUCUACAGUCCAGAGCCCAAUGGUAAUUGUUUGGACUGGAGUUUCGACGAAGAUGAAGCACAGAAGAUGCUGUACCAUACACUGAAGGAGUUUAUAUGCAACGGUGAUCCUCGCGAAGUCCUUAACCAAUUGCGACAAAUGGACAAUCCACCUUCGGUGUGCGGACGAGUUUUUAAAAUGGGGGAGCCAACGUAUUUUUGCCGUGAGUGCGGUAUGGAUCCGACGUGCGUUCUGUGCGUCGAUUGUUUCAAGGAGUCUGUGCAUCCGAAUCACAAAUACAAAAUGGGAACGUCCGGAGGAGGAGGUUGUUGUGACUGCGGCGAUGCCGAAGCUUGGAAAAAGGAGCCGUUCUGUAAAACUCAUCUUCUCGGUACGCAGUCUAAGGAAUCUGCGAGUAAAAAAUUACCGGAAGACAUAGCUAUGAGAGCAGUUGCGACAUUCGAAGCCGUUCUUAAAUAUUGUUACGAGCUAUUGACUCUGGAACAUUCACCUGGUUUACCACCCGAUCUACAAGUGAAAGAAACUGACGAGGACCCGCUCUCGCUUCUCGGUACAACCGACACAUAUUGCACUGUCCUAUUCAACGACGAGACACACACAUUUGAGCAAGUUAUAAGUACGUUGACGAAAGUAAUAAAAUGUUCGCAAAAAGAUGCGAUCGAGUUCGUCACGAAUAUCGAUCGGGAUGGUCGAGCUGUCGUCAAGUGUUCUGAUUUUCAACACUGUAACGAGCUCAAAUCGGACGUCGAAAGAUUUACAUCGAGGCACAAUAAUCGGCCUCUCAAAGUUUUAGUCGUACAUGCUCACGUAGUAGCACACCAGAUAUUCGCAAUGAAAUUGCUCGGUUGGCUUCAACAAUUCAUAAGCCUCUGCGAGGGUUUCCGAAUAAUAUUCAGCGACGUUGCACUCAAUACGAAAGCCGGUGAAGUCGCGAUAGUCGCAGGAAUAUUAAUGCGGGACUCACAAUUGUGGAAAUCAGCGAGGACUGCCUGGCACAGAUUAUUCAUUUCAGGCAUGCUCAUGGAAUACGAGAGUAAAAAAGCACUCGCUAUUGUUUUCACAAACAAUUAUGGACCCGUUAUGAAAGACUUUAUUCGGGAUGAUCACGAUCACUCGUUCUCUAUAACAUCGCUGUCCGUUCAACUCUUUACCGUACCGACUCUGGCGCAUCAUCUUAUAGCACAUCACGAUGUUCUCUUUAUUCUACUCAAUACCUUCAUUUCGGAGAGUUCAAGAAAGUGUAAUUCUGCAGGGAAACUUGAAUUCGAGAGAAACACACCGAACACGUCGUUUAAGAGAGCCCAGUAUAUAUUAUACGAUCUUAGAUAUUUGUUGACUUCGAAGCCUGACACGUGGACGGACGAGCUCAGACGUGGUUUUCUCCAGGGUAUAUCACUUCUCCUCACCUUCCUGUGCAGUAUGCAAUGGAUGGACGCUGUUUUGCGUCAGGUUGGACAGCACAUGGAAUACGAGCCGGAGUGGGAGAGCGCUUUCAAUCUUCACAUAAAGUUAUCACCCGUUAUAAGUCUUGCACUCGAAUGGUGUGGUUCUGACAGGAUAGCGCUGAUAAAAGCUUUCCGUUUGGUACUUCGUAAGCUCUCGGAACAACUUGGCAACGAUCCGGGUCCAGGACAACUGCGCGAGAUCGCUGAUCAUUCGGCGACUUGUUUGCAGUACGACGUUGCCUCGGAACCGGUCUCGAUUCAUCUGCCUUUAUCCAGAUUUCUCGCUGGGCUUUUUCUUUAUCUCGAAAAGCACGAUCUACAUUUUCAGAGCAACGAGUUAACGAUCCGCAAUCGACCGACUCCCGAGCAAAUAAUUGAGCCCGUGCUUCGAGCACAGGCCAUGAUAUCUCAAGUGCACGCCGGCAUGUGGCGAAGGAAUGGUUACAGCCUGCUCAAUCAACUCUACUUUUAUCACAAUGUCAGAUGCCGAACCGAGAUGCUCGAUCGUGACAUUAUUCUCCUACAAGUCGGAGCUUCCUUGAUCGAGAGUAACGAAUUUCUUAUUCACGUGCUCAAUAAAUUCAAUCUCAUAAAUUGGGCCGAUCCGGAAUUCGAGACGAAUUCACUGAAGAAUCCGGAGGAAGAUAGCACGAGGCAAACGAUCAAUCUCGUUGAGGAAUUUCUCGGUUUGUUGAUUACGAUUAUCGGGGAGAGACACGUUCCUGGUAUCGGACAAGUGAGUGCCGACGAUCGACUGAAGAAAGAGAUUAUACAACAAUUGUGCAUAAAACCUCUGUCUCACUCGGAACUUAACAAAACAUUGCCCGACGGCAUUCAUCAUGAAACUGGUCUCGAACGGGUGAUCGACGACGUAGCUGAAUUCAAAAAACCUUCGCAAACAUCAGCCGGAAAGGGCGUUUACGAGCUCAAACCUCAUUUGUUUGCAGAGUACAACGUAUUCUUUUAUCACUACACGAAGGAAGAGCUGAGCCGUUCGGAGGAGGCGCAGAGAACGCGUCGCAAGACGAUGGGCGAGCUGGAGUGUUGUCCACCACCGAAAUUACCGAAACUCACCGAGUCCUUCAGUUUUGUCGCAAACUUACUUCAGUGCGACGUUAUGCUUCAUAUUAUGCAAACCGUACUCGAGCGAGCCCUCAAUCUACGAGCUCGAACAUUCUCCGAGCCACAGGUACACAAAAUUCUUCAUCUCAUCGGUUACGCGUUGCAGGAGGAGGAAUCCGGCAAUUAUCCGUUCUUCAUAUUCACGGAGCGAGCACAGAAGUGGAAAAUUUAUAAAUUGCUCGAGGAUCUUUCAACGAGUCCACGAAUAGAUGCGCACAAAGAUCUGUUGACUUGGAUCCUUGGUAAAUAUCGUCAAGUCGCAGGUUCCUCGGUGUCCGGGAGCGAGUCGUCGGAGACGACGGCCGAAACGGCGACAGCGGCGUCUUCGUCGUCCCCGCAAUCCGAGCCAAGGGGCGACGCUGAUCUCGCUAAAACGAGCAAAGAGUGGCGAACGAAAAUGGCAGCGCAGAAGAGAGCCAAAGUGAUGGCACAAAUGGCAGCGAUGCAGAAACACUUUAUGAGAAAAAAUGCCACCCUCUUCCAAGAAAUAUCUCUUGACCUCGGCAAAAACAACGAUCGAGGCUCGUGGAUGGAUCUCACGGAAUGCACCGAGGAAACUCCGGCACCCGUUGGUCUGAGGCAAACGGCAAGAGUGCUAGAGGAAAAAACUCACACGUGCAUACUCUGCCAGGAGGAUCAGGCUGUCACCGUGUCGGGUAAAGCGAUGGUACUCGCUGCAUUCGUUCAACAAUCAACGGUACUUUGUCAAACUCGAAUGAACACCGAAGAACCGAAUCCUCUUUAUCUCUCCUCAAAACUUGGCGCUUCGCCUCACACGAGUACCUGCGGUCACGUAAUGCAUGCGGAUUGUUGGCAAAAAUAUUCCGACAACGUUCUCGUAAGGGAGACGCGACGACCCUACAGGCUGCGUCAACUUGCGAGCUUCGACGUCGAGGAGUUCGAAUAUCUUUGUCCAUUGUGCGAGUGUCUCAGCAAUACGGUUCUUCCACUGUUACCAGCACUUGGAACUAUAAGACCGACCGAGACGGAUGAAGCCGACAUGGAUUUCGAGACGUGGCUCAAGGCGAUGAGAAUAAUCUUGGAAUAUUCCACAACGGCCUCGAAAAACGAUGAAAUCGAUGAAUCCCAAUGCAGCCACGACGAGAGUAAAUGUCGUUAUUGCGAUGAAAUGAAAUCCCAGAGUUUAGAGCUUACGGAUGAAGGCACCUCGGAAGAUAUCGGGGAGAGAAAAAAAAUUAUUUGCCCGAUAAAAGUGGUGUGUGCUCACAUGUCGGAAGCAACGGGUCGAGCCCUCGAAUCGAUGUACAAAAGCCACGAUCCUGGACUGUCCGAGCAACUCAUCACGAUGAUUCAUCUUUUCGCCAAAGCACCCUAUAUCAAGGGCCGUGGCAUAGCCAAUCGAAUAUCACGCGACGAGGAUCCCAGAGUUCCUCUCUUAGCUUGGAAAUCUACGGCUUACACGGUGCACGCUAUUGAAUUCAUGCUCCGCGACACGGAGAAACCACUCUUCGGAGCUCUCUCGUCGAGACAGAGAGACAGUCUCGAGUGUCUGGCCCGAAUAUCGGCGGUUCUUGGUUCAACAUGGCCCAGCAAUAAUCAGGGUUUUGUUUCUGCUCGUGGUACAGAUGCGAUUAAUCUUUUGUCUAUGAUACUCUCUAAAUCUAGUAACGAAUGUUUCCUCGACUGGGAUCCGUUUGGAAUAUUAAUACCUCUGAUGAUGAGUCUACCGAAUUUAUUGAAUACGAGCCAGACCGAACCAGCUUCCGUAGUGACCGGUGGCUCCCGAGAGGCCCACGUACUCAAACUUGUAUUCAUCAUGAUGAUCGCUAAAAUUUUAGCUACCAGUGAUUUCGCAGUUUGCGAAGCUAUGGACGUCGAUAUGCCGGAAGAGAGCGAAGAGACGACGACGAGCUCAUCGUCUCAAGGGUGCGAGGCGAUUGUCAGCUUGAUGGACGUCAUGGGACUGAAGACCGGGGGUCUUACCUUUUCUCAAAUUUGGCAGAUUGUUAAGGAAGCAGCUUUACCCUUUUUACGAUGUUGUGCUUUGUAUUUUCAUUACGUCACCGAUGUUCCAGCACCUGCCGUAUUGACCGACAAAGGGGGCGACACGUACGAGAAUAUCUGCGCUUACCUCGGACUACCAGCCAGUUGCAACGAACUUUUAGACUCCGAUACUGUGCGUGAGCUCGCCAAAGGAUGGAUGGAACAUCCAAACUCAAGAUCGACGACAGCCGUCAAGGAGCCGUUGAGGGUCAACAGACUGGUCCCCUUACCGGACGAUUACAGCGAACUGAUAAAUACCGUAUCGCUGUUCACGUGUCCGAACAGCGAUCGAGAGGACUCGAGAAAUCCGACGAUGUGUCUCGUUUGCGGGGAGAUGCUUUGUUCCCAGAGUUAUUGCUGUCAGACGGAGCUGAACAAGACAAUGGUCGGCGCUUGUACCUAUCACGCUAGCAAAUGCGGCACCGGCGUUGGAGUUUUCCUCCGAGUACGAGAAUGCGAAAUACUCUUUCUUCGUAGUCCAAACAGAGGAGCUUUCGUCUGUCCGCCUUAUCUCGACGAAUACGGUGAAACCGAUCAGGGACUUAGGCGAGGAAAUCCUCUCAAAUUGUGCACCGAAAAGUACAAGCAGCUCAAUCAAAAGUGGCUUGGACACGGGCUCCACGAAGCAAUUGCGCGCGCCAUCGAAGCAUCGAGUAAUCACAUGUCCACGCAAUGGCAACAUCUAUAGACCCGAGUUAACGAGUGCGAGCAACGAGAUACAAAAAAACGAAAAACAAAAAGAUAAAGAGAUAAAAAAACAUCAUGAAAUUUCAAAUUAUCAGAUUACGAAAGAUUAUUUUGUUCUUUUCCUUCUGGAAGGGAUUCGCGAGGACAGGAAAAUUAGUAGGAUCGGAGCUUGGAAACGAGCAGUGAAAAAGACGAUUAUGAAUCAAUCCACGACUUUAAAGAGUUUUAGAUUAUUCGAUUUAAACUUUACCGAAGAAUUUUAUGAAAAAUCGAGGAUUAUAUAUGCUCAUGACAAUUGGUAUAUGCGCGAGACAUCGUAGCUGCUAGUUGUGUCCAUGAAUGAUUUAAAAUGAAGAGAGAGAGAGAGAGAGAGAAAAAGAUGGAGGGAAAAUAAAAAUUCAAGCGUCGUUGAAUCAUGUUAUUUAUUUUGGAUUCGUCGGCUGUGACCGGAAAAACGUAUUGAAAUGAGAAAAAAAAAUUAUUUAUUCUGUUCCCUCUUGUACGAUCCCGCCGCCCACCCUUAAAGCCUCGUUCGAAAUAUCACUUGUACGGCCCCACGAGAUAUAAAUCUGCACGCGGGAAAAACUAUGCUAGAGACAUUGGUGGCUUUGUAUAUUUAUACGAUUCGAUGUUAUUCGUCGUCCUGCUGGUGCGACACUUGGAAAAAAAAAAUACCCAAACAAAACAAAAUAAUUAUUCUUUUCCAUUGUAUCGAGACUUCAUCAUUCGAUAUGUAAAUUGAGGAAAAGAAUAAUAAGGAAACGAAAACAAAUCAAAGUGAAUUGUGAAAGGUAUCCGUUGUUUUAUUUUUUUUUUUUUGUUUUUUUCGAUUCGUCGAUAUGUAAAAGGAGAUCUGUAAUAGUCGAUGAGAGAGCGUGUGCGAUGUUUUUCAAAUAUGAGAUAAAAAAAUGAAAAAAAAUGAAAAAAAAAACGAGAAAAGAACGAUAUUUUUGAUUCUUUAUUUCUUUUGGCGUCGCCUUAAAAUUAUAGAUAACGCUCGAAGUGAUCUACGAGAGAUAUGUAUAUUCAAUGCACGUCACAAAAAUGUUUUUUCUAGAACGAUGAGAAUUAACCUUUUUUUUUCGUGACGAUCAAGCCGGUCCAGGCUCGAAAUUCUUUUCAUAUUCCUCUGUGAAAAUUCGACUGUUUUAGCCGUGUGCGACGAAAAAAAAAACGAAAUAAUGACAAGAAAACUGAAAAACAAAAACGAGAAAUAUCUAAAACGAAAUGAAUGAAAAACGCCAGUAGAUCUAGAGUGCUUUCGAUAAUAAUACAUAUUAGGAUCAAUUCUACUGUUACGUUUAGUGAAUAAAGUUUUGAAAAUAAUUUCUCAGAUGUGUUUAUAUAAUGUACUAACUAUUAAGUUUUAUGAGCGCGUCUAUUGGGGAGAUAGAGCGAGCAGGGGGCGAAAGAGAUUUUAUUUUUUUGUUCCUACUCGCCGUGUUUUUGCCAAAACUUAUCUUUACGUAAUUUCUCUUGUCUUGCGCAAAGAUGAAGAUUUAAAGAAAAGGAACACUUCGAGAAACGUGUAUAGAGAAUGACGAAACUUUGAAAUUGCAUAAUAAAAUAAUGUACUUAAUUUAAA